AUGUCCAACAACGCGGCACCGGACUCUUGGGAGGAAGACGAAUUAACAGAUUCGAGUGCCGCUGAAUUACAGCAGAAACUAAUCAAAUUGAACGUUAAUGCUGUGGAACGUGGAUGGCAUAGAGACCCGUUGGCUGGUGACACUGGUGGAGGGGCUUCAACUGCUGUGCUCGAUUCAUGGGAGGAUGGUGCGUCCAGUACUCCCGAGGACGGUACUGCCAAACCCAUUAUUGAGGUUGAUAAUGGCAUCGACGUUGACAUUGAUGUGGACGGCGAUGAAGAAAAACCUAAACCCAUUCCUAAAAAGGUUAUCGAAGAGUCUGAGCCAAAACCUAAAAAAGAACAUAUCAAUAUUGUCAUUAUUGGACACGUAGAUGCUGGAAAAUCGACAAUUGGUGGUCAAAUAAUGGCACUUACUGGUAUGGUCGAUAAAAGAACUUUAGAUAAAUAUGAAAAAGAAGCAAAAGAAAGGAGAGCAGAGAAUCCUGGUACUUAUCGUGGGCAUUAGAUACCAAUCAAGAAGAAAGAGAAAAAGGCAAAACUGUUGAAGUUGGUAGAGCAUAUUUUGAAACCGAGAGAAAGCAUUUUACUAUAUUGGAUGCACCUGGUCAUAAAAGUUUUGUGCCCAACAUGAUUGGUGGAACUGCUCAAGCUGAUUUAGCUGUUUUGGUUAUUUCAGCUCGUUAAAGGUGAAUUUGAAACUGGUUUGAUCGUGGUGGUCAGACCCGAGAACAUGCUAUGUUAGCAAAAACAGCAGGUGUUAAA